AUUAUUUUCAUUAUGUUUAUAAAAUAAAAAAAUAAGAAGUCUGAAUAAAAUUUUUAAGUUUAUUAAGUAUGUUGUUUUAUUCGUUCUUCAAAUCCUUGAUCGGAAAGGACGUAGUUGUAGAAUUAAAAAACGAUUUAAGUAUUUGUGGCACUUUGCAUUCAGUAGAUCAAUAUCUGAAUAUAAAAUUAACUGAUAUAAGUGUAACUGAUCCAGAUAAAUAUCCUCACAUGUUAUCUGUAAAAAAUUGUUUUAUUCGAGGAUCAGUAGUACGUUAUGUACAAUUACCAGGAGAUGAAGUGGAUACUCAGUUAUUACAGGAUGCUGCACGCAAGGAAGCAGCAGUUCAAGCAAGAUAAUUUAUAUUAUUAUUAGAUAAAAAUAUCUCUGAUUUAUUUUUUACUAUUGAAAUCAAGAAUUAUAUACAAUGAAAUACAAACUAUGAAUUUGUACAUCUAUAAGUAUAUAAAUUGAGUUUAAUAUUAAAAUAUUAAUUUCUAAUUAUAAGAAUUCUUAAAAUUAUUCCUUAUUAUAUGUACUGCAUAUAAAAAAAAUUAUUGCUGUUCAUAAAAGCAAUAAAUUUUA